AUGUCAACAUUUGCUUCCAAAGAAGAAUGUGCUUCACUUGCUUUCCACAGGUGCAACUUACGCUCAGCCAUUUUCAUAGAUUUUUCUGGGCCAUCUGCUAUUGGUUUCAGCAUUGGGACAUUUAUAUCACAGGUUGGAAUAGUAGGCAGAACUGGAGCAGGCAAGUCUUCACUGACAUUAGCACUGUUCCGCAUCAUAGAACCAGCUGGUGGCUCAAUUGAGAUUGAUAAUGUCGAUGUAACCAAGCUGGGAUUACAUGUUCUGCGAUCAUGUCUCACUAUCAUCCCUCAAGAUGCAGUUUUAUUUUCUGGGACAUUGCGUCUCAAUCUUGAUCCUUUAAACAAGCAUUCAGAUGAGGAAGUAUGCCAUGCACUUGAACAGGCACAUUUGAAGACUUUUGUGGAAGGUCAUGCUGCAGGCCUCAGUCAUGAGGUUACUGAAGGUGGUGAGAAUCUCAGUGUUGGGCAACGUCAGCUGGUCUGCUUGGCCAGAGCCCUAUUGCGUAAGACAAAAGUGCUGAUUCUAGAUGAGGCUACAGCUGCUGUUGACCUUGAGACUGAUGACUUGAUACAGCAAACAAUACGCACAGAAUUUGAACAGUGCACAGUCCUGACAAUUGCUCAUAGGUUAAACACAAUCAUGGAUUACAACAGAAUUAUUGUGUUAAACAAAGGAAAAGUAGUAGAAUUUGAUUCACCUCAGUCACUGUUGGAGGACAGGACCUCUAUCUUCUACAGCAUGGCCAAGGAUGCAGGCUUAGUGUAACUAAAACAAACAGAAUAUAUAUCAACUAGAAGAGGACAAAAACCAUAUGUUCCUCCAGUUCAAAAAUCCAUCGUAUCCAACUGCUUCUUUCAAGAGAAGCAUGGUUAGCUGUAAACAGUUUAAUGAUUUCCAGAAGAAACUAUGUAUGGACACAAACAUACUUUUUGCCAGUAUUGUGUUUUUGUUCAGGACAUAGAAAACAGUACAAAAUCAAGAAUAACAGAUGCUACUUGACAUCCAUCAUUUAUCUUCAUAAUCGUAAAUGAUUGUUUAAUUUAAUGCUGUACAUGAUAUUUUGAAGCAAGAACUUGCCAAGAUUAUCAAGAAACAAGCUCUUUUUCUCAGCUUCACUGCAGCACAUUUUUUAAUCGCAUUUAACCUUCCAGCACUUGAUAAGCUAUCCAUUUUAGCACAUAUUUUGCAGAGGGAUGUUACUAAUACCAAUAAGUUAAUACAGUAUGUUUCUUGGUGAUCUUGCUUCCAUAGCCAUGUAAACUUUAGGCAUCCUGUGUACAAGAUGCCUAUGUUCAUUUUCUUUUAUAUUAGUGACUCAAUGACCCUUUUGUAACUCACCUCUCAUAAUAUUGGUCCUUGCAGUUUUAAUUCCACCAUGUCUUCUGUUACGGUCUUUUUAUCUGGCACAGGCAAAUAUUACUAUUUUUUAUGAUGACAAUGACAGUGGGAGGUGAUAAAUCAAUUUACUUCCUGCACUUAAAUUGAAAAAUCCAAAGCAUUAAAAUGGCAAUUUGUUGUUUUAUAUUUUUUGAUAGCUAAUUGAUUCAUUCCAUAGUUCAUUGUGGUAAAUAAUAACAACAUUGGAAAGUGUAGCUUCUGAUUUCCAUACUGAUGUUAAACUACAAUGUGAAAGCCUUGUUGCUGGUGGCAGAUGUGAUACAUCAUCCUCUUUUGUGUUUUAUUGUAUUAGUUAUUACAAAAGUACUUAUUUAUUUUGUAUUCAUCCGUGUCAAUUUUGUCAGUGACACAUUACAUCACAGGACAUUUAUGUAAAUGUAUAUGCAUUAUUAACAAUAUUAUGAAAAGGAAAGUUGCCACUCACCAUAUAACGGAGAUGCUGGUGUGUGUGUGGGGGGGGGGGGGGGCUGUCAUCUAUUUUUGAUGAAGGCCUUACUGGCCAAAAGCUUUAUUUGUGGCAUUCUUUAUGUUGUGUCUAUCUGUGACUCAGCAUCUCCGCUAUAUGGUGAGUAGCAACUUUCCUUUUCAUAAUACUGUUACAUUCCAUCCUGGAUUUUCCAUUAUAUGAAUUAUUAUUACUAUUACUGUCAGACACUGAUAGCAAAUAUCUGUUUGUGAUGUAUAUUGUGUGCUUGAAAAGCAGGCCUUCAUUCUCUGGUGUGUCAGAGGAAAAUAAGUGCCGGCUGCAAAUGAUACUGAGUAUUUGUGAGAAUAUUUUGUCUUGAUGUUGUGAUAGACUAUGUACUUCAUUAACUGCCUUAGAUGAAUUCCCAAAAUUGUGAUAUCUGAAGCCUAUGCAUGCAACUGUGAUUGUACAGUUCAUUCUCAUUUCAGAAAAUAUGUUUUUUUGGAACGGCUAUGUAUACUACACACAUUUGAUACUUUUGUUUCAAAUAAAACA